AUGUCGACGUACAAAUACGCUCCCGCCCCCGGCUACCUUUCGCCAUACUCCGGGGUGCCCUGUCAUUCCACCCAUAAAGAUACAAAUUCGUACAGCUAUCGUAGGCACGACGACGCGAAUGUGAAGUCCUAUCAUUCGCACUCGAGCCAUUAUGCCAGGUCCACCCAUUCCAAUGAAACGAGGUCUACUUCUUCCAGAGAUGUUGGGCCUGCAGUCCCUGCCUUGGACCCAGGAGUUACUUACUCCCGUAAAGCGUACUCUGUUCAUCAUACUGAUACAAGGUCUGCAUGUUCUCGUGAUCCCGAACCAGCAUAUUCCUAUGAAGCACUGUCAAAUCAUUUGGAAAAUGCGCGCCCUACGUAUCUCCCUGAUGCCUAUUCCGUUUAUUCAACAGACACUAAGUCCGUUCACUCCACCCAUGUGAGAUCUGGUCACUCCACCAGUGGUCGCUCUGCACGCUCCAAGUCACGGACGCGGAUCGAACCUGAGCCACAGCCACAACAAUAUCUCAACGUCCAAGCUCCAGUACAACACCGUCGCUGCUCUUCAGCCACAGGCUCUCACCGCUCUCGGGCCGCCCCAUCGCUGACACAUUCGGCCCCUUCCACAUCUGACGAUGACAACGAAUCCGAUGCUGGUCGCUCUGUGGGCGGAAUUAACACACCCUUCACAGCCAAGGUGGCUCUAUGGCGAGAUGAUGUGCGUGACAUGUGCGAUGAAAUGCCACCGGAGACUAUCCUUCCGCCUCAUAUCAAGGCGCAGUACGAGUACAGCCGAAGACAAUGCGAGGCUUCUCCUUCUUCAAAGCCGGUCGAUAUCCCGAGAAUCGUGGUCCCAUCCUAUACUGCACCCUCUCGGGCAUCCUCUCGAGCACCCUCUCAAGCGCCCUCUCGAGCAUCUUCUCGAGCAUCCUCUCCUAGAAGUGCCUCUCCACCAACUUCCCUUCCAAGUCUUCCCUCGGCUCCUGUUUCAGAUCUUGAAAAGAUAAUAGAGAACAUAGAGGACAUCGAGUACCAGAUUAACGCCCGCGUUUUGGAGUUCACAUUCCCCAGCAUUUUGGACUUUGGAGAGAGGUUUCCAAACGGAGAGUUCCCUCCGUUGCCAUAUACUGUGCGCAAUAAAUCUCUAAUCGAACAUAGAGAUUAUUUGGAGAAGUCUCUACUGAGCAUGGACGAAAUUCAGUCUUUCGGAGACUCCCGAGUCAAGUGCACUCGCAAGCGGGUUGUAACUAAGAUUGAAGAGCAGCUUGAACAACUGAAUCGAAUGGAGAAGAUGGUGCGGGAUAAUAUGCACUAUGAACGCUGGAAGAAGACGCCGCGCAUACAAGUUACUGCUCCACCAGGCUCGACAUAA